CUCAUGUGGUCGACGCGGUACAACGCUGAACUUCGUGUCAGUGGAUCGAACGGGUAGACCGGCAGAUAACCUACCGUAGAAUAAUCUUUCUCCCAACUAAUGGUAACUUACAACUAAAGAUUUCUUUCAUCCGCGACGUUGAUCAACUAUAUCAUGCGAAGUCUGUUACUUUAGGCCAUCGGGUGGGCCGGUUUUCACAGUGGUGUAUGGUACAAAAAAGAUAGGCAUGGAGGCAGAGGAGGGGAAGGCGACGAUACCAUCUCCUUUAUAUUCAAAAAUCCCGCGAACACCACCGUGUGCAGCGAGAUCACUUUUGAAUGGAGCAGUUCGACCGAAUCAGGAUCCAUGUCACUGUUGGUCGCGAACAGUGCCCACAUCUCGAAAUUGAUCGCCACCACAUCAAUGUCUGUCCACUCCUUCUCCUGGAACCCCGUCACGGUCCUGAAAGGGUGGUACAUCUUGCAGGCAUCCUUGUCUACCACGACAACCGUGAUCAACUCCUCCGCAUUUUUCGUGGACGACGGUUCCGAUUUGGCAUGUUCGAUCUCUUCUUCCCUUCACAGUAUUGUUCCAACCGUCAAGAGGCAUUCAUCUAGUCUGGUCAACAUCAUAGCACCAGCUGUUGGAACUACGGCAGGAGCCGCAAUUGCGUUCAUCAUAGUAUCGACGGCGUAUUUCCAUCCUCGUUGGUGGCGUCGCUCCAUGCCCCCUCGUCGACGUCGGUCUUACAUAGUUCAUUGAAGGGAACAUUGGACCACAAUUUUA